AUGUCCCUCCUGCGCCGAUUCUGUCGCCCAUUGACUCAGGCCAUGGUCAGAGGGCCGAAGAAGAAAAAGGGAGGUGGAUCAACAGGGAGCACACAGGAAGCGGUUGCAGUGGAUCCAGCCGACAACCAACUUUUCAACAUCUACACUACGAGAUCAGAAGAUGAGAAAAUCCUUCCGGAUGAGCACUACCCGAAGUGGCUCUGGGGGCUCGAGCAGCCUAGUGCAGGGUAUGGCGAGCUGAGUCUCAUGUUCGUCCACGGGGUCAAUAUCGAGAAUGCUACUAUGUACCACUAUCAUAGAUUUCUUCGGAAGCAUCGAGUUUUGGUGAUCAAACACAACAAUGUUCGGUUGAAGAAAAAGUUCAAAAAGUCAUCAGAUUGGCGUGUCAUGACCCCAUAA